CAAUAGCUCAAAAAUGACUUCGUUUGGAGCAAAUACACUGUAAGAAAAAACUUUGGAUAUGUAAAACGGACCUUUUUGAUGUGAAUUUUAUUAAUUCAAGUUUCAAGUGCGUCAUGUAGCGAGCCUACAUCAAGGUGGCGCUCUCCUGUCCGGCCAGCAAAUUGUAACGUUCGUUCGUCGUUGUAAUACUGAAAUAUAACUUAUGUUGCCACUUUACCGCGGUAGGUGAUUUAUAUCAAGCUAUAAUUACUUUCAUGGGCAGUCCCCAGGACUUAAGUUUGUUUCUUUCCAAUAGCAGAGUGCAUCAUGCUAGCAAUGUGGCUAGCCUGCAACAAGAUGGCGUCCUACUGACCAGCCAGUUAAUUAGGCACUUAUUAACUUUGGGCGUCUAAUUUUGAGGAAUAAGGAGGACCGCCAUUGAUGAGUCUCUGUCAUCGAUUGCCUUGCGUCGCUUUGAGGCUAUCCAAAAAUGAAGAAAAUACUGUUCAACAUCUCCAAGAAGCUACGAACAGGCACGGCAGACAGUGGCUCUGUCCACUCUGCGGGAUACGAGGUGAAAAAGGAGGAGAUGAGAAAUAUCCACAAGGCUGCUUGGAAGGGUGAUGUGGCCAAGAUGGAGCGUUUGUCCAAGAGCUAUGAUAUCAAUGAAGUUGACCAGCACAACAGGACAGCGCUUCACCUCGCUUGUGCCAAUGGACAUUUUGAAGUGGUGAAGCUCCUUGUGGCGAAAAAAGCCAUGCUCAAUGUAUGUGAUAGUCAAAAUAGGUCCGCCUUAAUGAAGGCGGUGCAAGGCCAGCAUGAUCACUGUGUGAGCAUUCUUCUGGAAAACAAUGCAGAUCCUAACCUGGCGGACACAGAUGGCAACACUGCUUUACAUUUGGCAGCCAGCUUCUCAUCCAUCUCCACUGUUGCCUUGUUCAUGAAGAAGGACGUUGACCUCAAUGCUCAAAAUCUGGAAGGUCUUACACCCCUGGCAUUGGCAGUCCAACAAGACUACGUAGAAGUGGCUGAGUUUCUGCUGAAGACAGGUGCUGAUGUGAAUAUUUUGGACAAAGAUCAGAGGUCACCAUUGAUGGUUGCUGCCAGCAAUGGAUAUGUCAACAUGGUGCGAUUGCUGCUGCAGUUUGAAGCCGACGCUAUGCUGACUGAUAACAAAGGACAAUCAGCUGAGGAGUAUGCUGCGACGAACGGCCAUCAGGCAUGUGCUCUCCUGAUCACCGAGCACGAUGCCCGAAGGAGCCUGGCGGGUUCCUCGUCUCAAGCAGGUUCAAGUAAAAAAACGACACUGCAGACUCGACUCUCCCUAACAGGCAUUCAUUCCCCUACAGCAGAACAUAAAGACAGUGUUGAUUCCAUAAGUGGACACGCUCAGAAGGAAUAUCUAAUACAACACGAGGGUAAACGUAAAGGACAAACAGAAGGACAGAUUGACCUGCUGGACGAGCUUGGUUUGGGAGCGCUUGACAGUGUUAAAGAUUCAUCAGACGCAGACAUAUCAAGUAAUAUCAGCAGGAGAAGUCUGCUUGUGUGUGCUGGGGCGUCUGUGCCUGAAGAGUUCCCAGAACGCGCCAGUCCAUCUGUUGAGGAGGAGGUGUUGGUUGAUGUGUCUCCGAAAAUGCCCGUUCUUCUUCCGAAAACAAUCUGCUCAGAUGAGACGCUACCACCUUUUCUAGCUCCACGACCUCAGUCAUUAAUGAUGAUUAUUGCAGAGAGUGAAGAAGAAUCAGUUUGGGACCAAGGCAGUUUAUCAUCAUCAUGCAGCAAGACCAAAGCUGACAAUCAGCAGCUUCAAGCGGCGGUUCGAGCAGGCUCCUCUCAACUCCUGGCAAGCGAGGGAAAAGGUUGUUUGCAGUCAGACGAACAGCAACAGCAGGAGACUGUGCCAUUGGAGAGCCAGGAUGAGAAGUCGUGCAAAGAAGUGGAGACAAGUGAAGCAAAAUCCGUUUUCAAUAAUUUUGUUGGUGCUUUAAAGGGGACUCUUGGCCAGUUCAAAUCUGAGCGCAGUACGGAAGAAAAACAGGUUGAAUCAUCCACUGCUGAACAAGAGUCAUGUGAUGAAGAGGAAGGGAGGUCGUUGAUGCCACCCACAGCUGAAGUGAAGAGCAUGGUCCUCAUUGAUGUACACCAGCAAAGGGAGUCUGUCCCCUUGUUUCAAAAACCUGAAGAACCCUUCCCGGGUGAGUCACCACAACCCCCCAUAGUGAAGAAGGAGAAUAGUGUGGACUUUGCCAAACCUGGGCCUUCCCACAGCCAACAGCUGAACCUUAAUCGAGAAGAACCUGAGUCUGCCCAAGAGGCUGCUAGGAUUGUUUCAGUGGCAAAUCCCAAUGCUGCUUCUGACACCGGCGCAAGUGCAGAUGGGCAGCCUGCAACGUUAAGUCAAACAGAAGCAUCUGAUCAAGUUGAGAAACCAGUAACCUUUCAGAGAGAGCUGGAGGAAUCGCAAUUCAUGCGUCAGCUGACCUUCAAUAUUGGCAAACCCGAGAGACAGUCUUUAGAGGACACCUCACAGCUGCCAGUGGUUAGCGAAGCACGGGGCCUCAGGCAGGCCGACAGUGUGAUCGGCAGAGAUCUCCUUGUGGUUGACAGCACUUUGAGCGAUCUUUCGGAAGAUGACAUAAGCCGUUGGCAAAUUAGAGAACGGCUAAGAAGAACACUGAACAAUAUUUCCAACACUGAUGAAAAUGAGCUGUCUGAAGAAAGUGAUGAGCUCAUUUCAUCAUCAGAGGACUCUGACCUCCUCAUUCAGAUUCUGGACGCAGUCACAGACCCCAGAAGUAAGAAGAAGCUGCAGGACAUCUUGUAUGAGCGCUGCAUUCUAAAGGAAACAGGCCAUCAUGUUUUUCUUGCAGAUAGGCUACGUCAGCAAGAAAGCAAUAUUCGUGCCUUGGAGAAAAACAACUUGGAGUUGGAAAGCGAAGUGGCACACAUCAGGAUUCAGCUGAAACGGGAGCAAGAAAAUGCCAGCAAUACCAUCAAGAUGUACAAAAACGCCAAAGAGAAGCUGGAAGAAGAGCGGAGACAUGGCCAAAUGCUUUGGGCUGUGGAUCACAACACGCUGGGCACGCUGCUGCAGAAGGUCAACUGCCAGACGUUCAAGCAGCAAGAGAUGGAGGAGGAGUACAAAAGAAGCAAAAGUAAUGAGGAACAUCUGAGAUCAGAACUUGAGGUGGUACAGAUGCACAACAACCUCAAACAGAGAGACCUCCUCCAGGAGAACGAGGCCCUCAAGGAAGAGCUGGAAGAUAUUCGCCAAGAUCUCAAACUUGCCAGUGACAACCAGACCCUAACUGUCUUGGAUUGGAACACCAAAAUCCAGGAGUUAAGGUAUGAGAUAACGCUAGCCAACGCCCGCCUUGAGAAAGAGCAGAAGGACCGUGACAUAUUGGUGGCAGAGAACCAGGCUAUCCGCUCCCGCCUGGCUGAGGCAGAGCAAGCUCGGUUAAUCAUGGAGAAAGCGCUGCUUCAAGAGAAGGAGGAACACCAACGGCUUUCAAGUGAAGCCCAGAGUCAGCGUGAAGCAGUCACCAAGCUGACCCAGAAGCUAUCCAAGGUGAAAGCACAUGCAGGCAACCUGGAAAGCGACGUACAUAAAUUUGAGGUCCAGCUGGCGGAGAAGAACCUGCAUGUGAACACAGUCCAACGUGAAAACGAGCAGAUAGCUGCACGCGUCAAAGAGCUGGAAGCGGCCGUGCAAGCUGAGAAGGAGCUGGUCACUCGGACUGUAGCUCGCCAGGAGGCCACUCAGGAGCUCCUAAACCAAGCCCAGCAUGACGGCAAGUUAUUCCGGCAGCAGCUAGAGGACGCCCAAAACAAAGCCAUUGCCAAUGAGAAUGCCUUAACCGACGCACAAAAGUCUUUCAACGACAUUUUGUUCAAACUUCGCUCAGACUCUGACGACAGAAUACAAGGAGUGCAGGAAAGAAAUAAGGAGCUUACCAGUAAGGCAACUGAACAAGAAACUCAUAUUCGCAAAUUAGAGCAGGAGAAAACAGACAGACAGAUUAAUCAGAGACAGCUGCAGCAGGACUUUGCGGACAUGUCAAGGAAGCUGUCAAAGUGUGAAGCUUCUUUGGAGAUCACCACAACAUAUCGUAGUGAUUUGGAGGAAGAGAAGGCUCGGCUCCAGAAAGAAAUGGACAAGCUUAAAGUAAAGCUGGAGGAAAAAGAAGCCCAACGCUUGCAAACUGAGAGGAACAUGAACAAUCAAAUGAUCCUUUUGGAUGAACGAGAGAAAGAACUCGGCGUUGCUGCUCGCAAACAGAAGGAGGCCCAGGCUGCCGCAUCCGCCUCCAACACCAUUGUCAAACAGUUGGAAGAGGCCAUGCAAAGGCUGGAGAUUGAGAACAUCAGACUGCAUGCCACUGCAAAGCAACACAGCCACAAAUUUGAUGCGCUUCAGAAAGUUGCUCAAGAGGAUGCCAGGAUCAGAGUCCAGUUGGAGGACUUGGUGACAAGUCUUCAAAGCAGUAAAAUUACUUUGGAGGACCAGCUCAACAAAGAGGUGCAAAGGCAAAGCGUGCUGUCUAACAAUGCCCAAGACAGUCAUGCCAUGUGGCAAGAGGAGAUGAAGAGCCGCUCCAAGUUAGCUCUGCGUCUUGCAGAGCUUGAAAAAGAAAAAAAGGAGCUGAACAGCGAGGUGGACAUGGAGAAGAAGAAAGCAGAGAACGCAGCAGAGCAGAAGAAGGCAGUCGACUUGCGGCUGGAACAGGAGAUGAAGAGAAACACAGAGCUUCAAAAAGAAAUGUACAGGCUGCAAACACUGCUUAAAACUGCUAAGAGGAAACUGCAAGAUCAGCAAACAAGUAGUGUGGAGAGAGAAAAGCUCUGCCACCAGAUCAAUGAGCUUCAGUCGGAGCUGGAGAGAGAGAUGUCUUCUCGUAUUCAGUUGGAGAAGGGCAGGAGGCAGCUCGAGGAGGAGGUGCUGAGUCUGAGACGCAGCCAAGGACCCACUAUGGACAUGGGUGCUCAGGGUUUAACAGGCAAUGUUCUUAGCACGCUGGGUGCUCAUCUCUUGUGCCAGUGCUCAAAACAGCCCAGCCCCAUGACCGAGGGGCCGGCCUGCAGUGUGGAGGAGUACCUGGCCAGGAUGCGGCAUGACUUGGAUAUGGCCAUGUCGAGAGAGUUAGGCAUGCCCUCGGCGAGACUGGACAUGUCUUCGGGACGCGUGUCGCCGGUCAGCAGGGCAAGGCAGCAGUAUGCCAAUGUCCUGAAGAGGAACCAUGAGGUGUAAGCCCUUGAGAAGCAAACAUUACAGUGGAGAGUGGACUACACUUGGCUGUAUUUUCAUAUAACUUCCAUGUUAAACUUUUCUUCUUUAUUUGUAAUGAAGUAUUACAAAUAAUACUUCCAUCUUUAUUGUUUGCAAGUUUGAAUUCUACUUCAGGAAAUCAUCUUUUCCCGCAUAUUGGAAUAGAAGAGAAUACCUUUUGUUGUCAUUAUACAAGGUACAACAAGAUUAAAAAAGACAGAACAGCAUAACUUUAUUGGAGAACUCUUCCAUUUUGCAUAAUUCAUGCACAUGAUUUUAUCUAGUCUGGGCCGAAAAAACAUUUGAGUACACCAAAAUUUUUCCUGAUUGACCAUCGGACAUCUUAGCUGAGACAUUGAGACUAACACUAAAUGAAUCAUAUACAUUUAAUAAACAAAAUGUUUAAUAAAACAUUGAAUAAUCCUGCCUGUUGACAAGACUCCACCAUGGGGCGUAAAAACAACAAAGGGACUGAACGGUGGGGUUGGGUUUUAAUGCUAAUUUUGAUAUUGGUCUGAUAACAAAUAAAUACAGGCCCAGAUAUCGAGACUGACACAUACAUUUCAGUUGAAAUUUUCA